AUGGGUAACUGCUCAGCCACCGAUGCUUACAUCAAGCAGUUCGAUGACGCAAUAAGUGACUUCUCCCGCAAACAGAAGUGUGUGGACGACACGCUCCUGUACAACGCUAGCACUGAGCAAGCGUUCUGGCACACCUACGACUUCCUGGAGUGGUGUGCCAGAAGGGGCAUCACGCUAAAGCCUGAGAAGUUCGUAUUCUGCCAGAGGGAGGUGGAGUUUGUUGGAUUCCAACUCGGUUGGGAAGCCUACAAGCCCACCGAGGACCGCCUGUCAGCUAUAAGACACUUUACCAUGCCCAGCCAGCCCACCAUCACCAAUGUGAAGUCUCUGUUUGGGUUCGUCAACCAGCUGGCGCUGUUCCUGGCCACUGGCUUCAUCAUGGAGCCGUUCAGGAACCUCCUGAGGAAGCCAACAUGGCGUAAAGUGUAUUGGGAUAAACAGCUGCAGCAAAAGCUGGGCCAGGUGAAGGAAACUAUCUGCGAAUUGGCCAAGAAUGGACUUCCCUUCUACAACUGCACCAGGCCUAUGGCAGCCAUCACCAACUGGAGCAAAGAAAGCAUAGGGUUUGUCAUCCUACAACAGUACUGCUCCUGCGUGUCCCCAGAGGCUCCACUCUGCUGUAAGGGAGGCUGGUGCCUGGCUCUGUGUGGCAGCUGUUACCUGACUCCAGCUAAACAAGGAUAUGCGCCCAUCGAAGGUGAGGCCCUGGCAGUGGCGUAUUGUCUUCACAAGGUGCGGCUCUUCCUACUAGGCUGCUCUAAUUUCCUCCUGGUGAUCGAUCACUGUCCACUGGUGGGCCUGCUAGGUGACAGAGCCCUCAUGGAUGUGGCAAACCCGCGGCUGUUUAGGCUGAAGGAGCAGACACUUCGGUUCAAGUUCACCAUUUGCUACCUGCCGGGAAAGAAGAAUUGUGCUGCAUACUUUCUGUCCAGAUACCCAUCCAUGAAGUCACCUCCUAGUGUGCUGGAUGAGGAACAGGAUGAGGAGCUGGCAGUGGCUAUGACCGUCGCCACGGUUGCAGCAUUGGACCUUCAGGACAGCCUCACACUCGACGAGGACAUGGUGCUUCAAGUGUCACGGGACGACCCAGUGUACCAGUUACACUGGCACCCACAGAGGUCGAAGGAGUUGACCUGCCUACGCCCCUUCUACAGCAUCAGAGAGAGAGGUUGCGUGUGUCGCAAGGCCUGGUGA